AUGUCUUCUGUUUUCAUCAUCACACUUCUGGGAUCGUCAGUGGUGACUGCCUUUGUCUUGCAACCAUCACACGAAGAAAAAAAAGACCACUCUGUUAUCAGAACAGGUUUUCAGCAAAGCUGCCAGAGUGUGUCCCUGCAGUCCAUCAAAAAGGAUCUUCUUAAGUCUUUGAGUCUACAGGCCGAGCCCCAGGUGCCAUUGGGCUUACUGGACAGUGUACAGGAACAAUGGAAAGAGGCCUUCAGUGCACUGUCUAAUGAUGCGAUUGAAUCUGAAGCAGCAUCUGUUUCUGAUGGUGGAAACAUUAGUAACAGCCUGGAGUGCUGCUCCAUGACAUCUGAGAUCUUCAUGAAAGAUCUAGGCUGGAACAACUGGGUUAUCUACCCUGCGAGUCUCACAUUUACCAAGUGUAAGCUCUGCACCAGAGAAGGGAGCACAGUGCAUUGUCCACAUGUUCAUCCUCUGAAUGGACAGGUUCCCUGCUGCCGCCCUACCUCCCAUAAGAUGGUGCCCAUUGUCUACAUGGAUGAAUUUGGCAGUGUGGUCAUUUCCUCUAUGCAGCUGACCCAAAGCUGUGGCUGUGACAUUGGCAACAACCAGGAGCCCAUCAACAAGUAAAGUAGGUUUGAGGGAUGCCAUGAGACCACCUAAUGCCAACUUUGUACAAUGUAUUAGUGUUAUCUUUAGUCUUGACUUGAGUCUUCAUGGAACAGCCUGUGAGAACAGCAGCAACAAUGAACUCAUCAGAUUAAUUUCAUGUUUCUCCUAGAAUAAAGAAAACUGAAAACAGUACUGCUCAAAAAAUGUUGCUGCAAGUUCAUAUUAGCUUGGUCUAUUUUGGGACUUUGAAUGUAACUCAAUUUUCCCGCUGAAAAUGUCAGUACCUCAUUCAGGUCUUUCAGCCAGUUUCCCCAAAUGUUUAUCUCUUCCCAUGGAACUUGUAUGCAAAAAAAUGUGAAAUCAAAUGUCUUUUCAAAAAAACAAAUGUAGUCCUUUGACACCUUUGCAUUGUAAU